AUGCAGGGUUCGCGGAACCUUCUCUCGUCGUCGAGUGAUGUCACAGUAGCCAUCACUAGCCACGACUGGAAAGAUAGUGCGAAGGGUAUCGGCGCCGGCAAAAGCGCCGUGGAUGGCGGAAACGAAUUCGACGGGGUGGAUAGCUGGCGAGGCGCGUUCGCCGGGGAGGUGGUGACUGUGGAAGAGGUCCGAGAAGACAAGGGGGAAGCGAAACGGCGGAAAGGCAACCGGGGAAAAUCGAAGAAAUCGAAGGCGGGGGAAAAGCGAGGAGAGGAUGCGGCGGUAAUGGGGCGCACGGGUGAUCAGGGUAGCAAAAAGGGGAAAGGACUGGUUGUUGAGAUUGCGGAGAAGGAGAAAGGGAAGAAGCGGGAAGAGAUGGUGAUCAAGGUUGGCGGGUUGACCAAGGAAGCGAAGAAUGACACCCGCGAGAAGAGAGGCGAGACAGGCGAGGAGGGGGAAUUGAAGGGAUCAGACAGCAGAACGGAGGAGCAGCGUGAUGAGCGGCGGGAGGAGGGGAUAGAAAAGGAUCACGUAGGGAAGGAGAAGAGUGCACGGGAUAGCAGCAGCACGCUGCAUACCGACAGCACGCGGCAGGAGAGCGGCACGCGGGAGGAGAACACGACGGGGGAGGGAGGGCGUGAGAUUGGUAGCGAUACGCGGCAGAAGGAGGAGGUCGGGGGGAAGGCGGAGGCAGCUGCUGGCGCGCAUGAGGGGAAACAUAGCAGCCGAGGGGCACAGGCAGCCGAAUCGGAUGUCGCACGGGAAGCGGAUGUCGCACGGGAAGCGGAUGUCGCACGGGAAGCGGAUGUCGUACGGGAAAGAGCAGCAGCGGGAGAGUCAAAGGCAUCAGGGGAGGCGGGGGCGGCAUCAGGGGAGGCGGAGUCGGCAUCAGGGGAGGCGGAGUCGGCAUCAGGGGAGGCGGGGCCGGCAUCAGGGGAGGCGGAGUCGGCAUCAGGGGAGGCGGGGGCGGCAUCAGGGGAGGCGGAGUCGGCAUCUGGGGAGGCGGAGUCGGCAUCAGGGGAGGUGGGGGCGACAUCAGGUGGUGGAGUUAGCAACGCUGCAGUGAUCGCUAUGGCCGAGGGCAACCUAGGCGCACGCCUGCAGGCGCUUUGCCUUGCGCCCGCCGUCAGCGCGGUGUGGGGCGCGCGCGCACCGGGGGAGGCGGAUGCGGGGAAGAAGGAAGGGGAUAAGGCGAGGGAGGUAGCCGUUGUGUGGAGUGACUCAGCGGUCGCGGAUGCUGACGUGGACGGAAGUGCUGCUGAUUCCGCUGGCGGCAGUCCCAAGAAGGGACCCGCAGGGGAGGGGUUCUUGGACUUAUUCAGCGGGUUUCCCGGUGUAGAUGCAUUACGGUUAGACGAGACGGAUAAGGCUGCUUGGCCGAGUGUGACUGUAAAGGGAUCAGCCUUUGCUGCUCCUCUUUUAGAAUCACGGAAAGAGGUGCAAGUCUCGUUGCCGGCCUGUGUAGACGAGGGGUCGGCGGCCAAUACGAGCGCGACAAGUGGCAACAGCAGCAGCAGCGCGGAGGUGCCUGGAUUGUCGUUGUCGCUGUGGGUCCCUUCUGGACUAAGCCACGUGGCAAGCAGAGAAUGGCGGGAGGAAUCGGAUUUCCCCCCCCCCCCCACUCUCUGGACCUUCCUCUCCCCCAGUCCCCCCAACCCUUCCUUUCUCCCCUUCUCCGAUUUCCUUUCCCCUUCCCGUCCUACCCCUUAUCUCCGCAUCUCCCCCCAGACCUCCCCCGAGGCAUGUUCCGCCCUCCUCCUCUUCCAGUCGUGCCUGGGCGCUCUGCAGCCCUCGCCACGUGUGAGCAGAUUACUGGAGGAGGGAGCGCUGGGGGAAACGGGAGCAGCUGCUGGGAGGUCUGAAGGGGAGACUAAGGAAGUGGGGAGAGUGGUAGAGGAGGGAUUUAGGGAGAGACUAGCACGUAGCACGGCGGUGUAUCUGGAAGCCAAUCAGGUGAUGCCAGGUGGCACGUGCGGAGGGUGUCCAGAGGACCCUCUACUCAACUGCACGCUUCGCACGCUGACGUGGCGCUACCUGCGCGUGCCGUCCAACUCGUCUGACGUGGACUUCACUGUAGCAGCUGCCUCUGCUACAGACGCUGCUACAGUCGCAGGCACCUUCCAUCCCCUGCGCGCCCCGCUCCUCCUCCCCCACACUGCUGUAAGAACGGCCAUGGGUUGCCCCUUGAGAAUACCUCCCUCUUCCUCCUCCUCCUCCUCCUCCUCCUCCUCCUCCUCCUCCUCCUCCUCCUCCUCCUCCUCCUCCUCCUCCUCCUCCUCCUCCUCCUCCUUCUCCUCCUCCCCCCACUCCCCCCCCUCCUCCUCCUCGUCUGCCUCAACGUCAAUGCCCAUCACCAGCUCUGCUGCAUCUGCUUCUUCUGAUUCCUCGCCAUCAUCGCCAGCAUCAUCGUCGCGACGACUGUUGGGUCUGAAGGGAGAGGAGGAGCAGGAGAAGAAGUCUGUCUCACCAUCUGACAGUUCUGGAAGCGACAAUAGUGAGAACAGCAGCAGUGGGACGAGCAGCAGUGGCAGUGGGGCAAGCGGGGCGAAAGGGCACGAGUGGAGUUGUGGUCAACUGGAGCUGGCGGAGCUGCUGCUGCUGUCGUGGGCUCGAGGGCUCAUCCACUCGCGGCCCUCUAUAGAGGCACUUUUCAUUGCUGCCCAGGGGAGACGGCACCGGGCGAGCCACAGCAGCAGCGCGGAUGCCCCUGCUGCAGUCUCCUCUCUGGCAGCAGAGUUUGUGGUGGAGGAGAGUGUGUGCGCUGCUCCACGUGUUGCUCGGUUUGUCGACCAGAAGUACCUGCAGCAGAUGCUCGUGGAUGAGGAGCUAAAGACCAUAUACUGCUUUGUGCCCAAGGCAGCGUGCACGAGCUGGAAGGUGUGGUUCCGCCAGCAGCACAACCUGCCCAACAUCUCCGACGUCUACCUCGCCCACGACCCCAAGCACUCAGGCCUGCACGUGCUCGCGUCCGGAUACACCGAAUCUGCCGUCAUGGCGCUCCUCACCCGCCCGGACUUCUUCAAAUUCACGUUCGUGCGCCACCCGUUCGCGCGCCUGGCGUCCGCUUACCUGAACAAGCAUGUGAACGGGGGGCCGCCGCAGGGGCGGGCGUUUUGGAACAAGAGGUUCUUCCAUGGGACGCGGCCGUUCCAGUGGUUGGUGGAGCAUCAAGGGGGAUCGGAUUUGCUGCAGUUUGGGGACUUUGUGGGGCUGCUGCGGACCAUGUUCAAGAGGAGACGACGCACCAUGGACCCCCAUGUUGCCCCCCAGGUGGAUGUGUGCAGGCUCAACGACAUUCGGUUUGACUUUGUGGGUCAUUUUGAGAACCUGGCGGAGGAUGUGCCGGUGGUGAUGCAGCGCCUGAAUCGCACUAUCACUUUUUACCGCUGCGGAAUGUCUGCGGAAGGAUCCGACGCGGCGGCAGCCGCGCAGGCUGCACCAGAGACCUCCACUCCCGCUCCCGCUGCUGACGUGGAUCAGCUUGCAGGAUCGUUCAAUGGGAUGACAUUGGACGAGCGGUACGCGCUGGUGCGGAGCGUGGGGGAGGAGUGCAUUCAGGAGGACGAGCUGCGCAACCUGCUGCUAAAAAAGAAGGACCCCGUCGCCUACGACGGCUUUGAACCGUCUGGUCGCAUGCACAUCGCACAGGGAGUGAUGAAAGCACUGAACGUGAACAAGCUGACCCAAUCAGGAUGCAUCUUCAAGUUCUGGGUGGCGGACUGGUUCGCGCAGCUCAACAACAAGAUGGGCGGCGAUCUCAAGAAGAUCCAGACCGUCGGUCGCUACAUGAUGGAGGUGUGGCGCGCAGUGGGCAUGGAUCUCACACGCGUGGAGUUCCUCUGGUCGUCUGAGGAGAUCAACGGGCGUGCGGGCGAGUACUGGCCUCUGGUCAUGGAUAUUGCCAGGAAGAACAAGCUGCCAAGGAUUCUCAGGUGUUCACAGAUCAUGGGGCGCAGUGAGACGGACGAGCUAUCUGCAGCGCAGAUCUUCUACCCCUGCAUGCAGUGUGCCGACAUUUUCUUCCUCAAGGCGGACAUCUGUCAGCUGGGCAUGGACCAACGCAAGGUGAAUGUGCUGGCGAGGGAGUAUUGCGACGACAUCAAGAGGAAGAUGAAGCCCAUCAUCCUCUCCCACCACAUGCUGCCGGGGUUGUUGCAAGGGCAGGAGAAGAUGUCAAAGAGUGACCCCAACUCUGCAAUCUUUAUGGAGGACGAGGAGGCGGAAGUGAAUGUGAAGAUCAAGAAGGCGUUCUGCCCGCCAGGGGAGGUGGAGGGCAACCCGUGCAUUGCCUACGUGCAGUACAUUGUGCUGCCUUGGUUCAAGCAGUUUGAGGUGGAGCGCAAGGAGGAGCACGGAGGCAACGUGAUUUACACCGAUGCUGAUCAGCUGUGUGCAGACUACAAGGAUGGUAAACUCCAUCCAGGUGACCUCAAGCUGGCGCUUUCCAAAGCAAUCAACAAGAUUCUCCAGGUGAGUCCAUGGACCACUUAG